UAAAUUUGAUUAGACACUGAGAGUCUUCUGAUCAUACAGAAUAACUUUACUUUAAUAACAGUUUAUUAACUCCAGUGAUGGAUGAAUCAGCUUUGGAGCGCUACUUUGAUAAAUUCAUUGCAAAUGACUCCUCAAAGAUGGAGGAGGAGGAGGAGGAGGCGGAUGAGGAGGAGAAGAUGAUCGAUGAGUUCUGCAGCUUGCUGCCUGACGAGCUCCUGACACUGUAUAAAGACGACACGGCAGCGGAGCUCCAAGGUGGCUCGUCCAUGCUGGCGGUGGAUCGUCCCACGACUCCGGUGAUACAGCAACCACAAAUCAUCCCACAGAUAGAGAACAUCAUCUCGACAGUGACGUUGGGCUGCAGUCUGGACCUGGAAUUCAUUUCUCGCAAAGCAUGGAACGUAGAGUACAAGCCAAUGAAAUUCAAGGCACUCGUCAUGAGAAUCCGCAAGCCACGAAUCACAGCGAAGAUCUUCAAAAGUGGAAUUAUUGUCCUUUUAGGAGCCAAGAGUAUAGAGGACUCACGUCAGGGGGCCAGGAAGUGCGCCCGUAAGGUGCAGAAGCUCGGCUUCCCCGUCCGCUUCCUCAAUUUCAAGAUCAAGAACAUGCAAGCCAGUUGCUCCACCUUCCCCGUCAGUCUGGAGAAGCUUUCCUUCCAUCGGCACUGCAGUUAUGAACCAGAGCUGUUUCCAGGCCUGUUUUACAGCGGUGUCCCCGGAAUCUCUGUUGUCAUCUUUGCAACUGGGAAGAUUUCUAUAACCGGAGCUCAAAACGAAGCAAAGCUCUACGAAGCACUUGAUGACAUCGUUUCAAUCCUGAGCUGCUACAGGAGGUAGUGAGUGAGCUCUGACAGGAGUGCCAGCUCAUUUAAAUAAACCUAAUGGUAACAAAUAAACAGUUUGCUUUUUGAGUCAGUGUUUAACAGGGAGUUAACUUUCGACACAUUCCACCUAGCGAGGAAACUUUUUCUCUCUACUCUACUUUUUCUCUCAGUGGCUCAAUAUUUCUGCAUUUUAAACUGUAGGGCAGCCUGUAUGGAUAGUUGGAUGCCAGUGUUUUCUUACCUGAUGAUGUUGACUGAGAUAUCGGCAGAUAUUUGGUGACAGGUGGACUGUGGGAUUGGUUGCUUAUUAGUUGAGCAUCAUAUACUUCUAUAAAUGUGGUUACAAGCAGGACAAUGCCUCCUUGGGUUGGACAAUCACACCCUUGUAAAGAUGAACAGAUUGCAUUAUUAUUCAAAUACCUGUCUCUUCACCACCACUAGAUGUCAGAAUGGUUUCAGGUUGGUUUGUGUAAAAUUCAACUUGUACACAAGUAGCAGUCAGGGCUCAUACCUCUA